AUGUCCGCCGGCUCGGGUGCCCCCGCCGCCCUCGCCGCCGCCGCCGCCUGCGACUCCAUCACGACCCACGUCGUCUCGACCCACGCCGAGCUCGACCGCCUCGUCAAGACGGUCGACCCGGAGAGCUACCGUCUGCAGAGCCUCCUCGCCCUCGCCGGCGGCCUCGCCCAGCUGCGCGAGGCCGUCGAGACGCUGCGCGACGCCCUGCGGCACGCCGGCCCGGCCUCUGCUGCCGUUCCUAUUGUUGUCCCUGCUCCUGGGUCCGAGACCUCGACGCAUCCGUCCCCCUCCCCGUCCGUGCAGAGCGCCCUCAAGGUGGCGCUGCCGCCGUGUCACGACGCAUCGGCCGUCAUCGGGAAGCAGGUCCAGCGGCUCGGCGGCGGGUUUGACGUCGAGACGCUCAACGUCGAGCUUGUCGAGGAGUUUGCGCGGUGCCAUGCAGCGAAUAUGCGCCUGUUUACCGUUCUUGCUGCUGUCGUUCACAUAUCCCCAACCGCCCAGGAAGAGAGGUUCGUGGCGCUGCAGGGCCGGACGCUGCUGGAUCAGGCUGUGGAGGCUUCGGCGCGCGUCUUGGGCAUGGGGGACAUUCUUCUUGCUGACGCGCACUCGCCGUCGCCAUCGUCGCCAGAGCAGCCGCCGCCGGAGUACUCAUCGGCAUCCGACAGCAAGGGCAAGCAGAAGGCCACGGACGGCUUCUUCUCGUCCUUGUCGCACUCGUUCAAGGCCAUGACGGCGAGCUUACGCCCAAAGCCGGAGCCCAUGGUCAUCACCAUGUGCGAGUCGGCCAAGGACGGCAACGUCGCCCACCUCAAGGGGUUCGUGGCCCAGGGUGUCAACAUUAACGGGCAGAAUGAAGACGGAUACACGGCACUCAUCUGCGCGACACGCGCGAACCAGGCCGCCGCCGUGCGCUAUCUGCUCAUGGCCGGUGCGCAGCUCAACUUCAGAGACUCCCACAGCGGCCAGCGCAAGCCUGCUCUCUUCCAUGCCGCCGAGUGCGGUCACGUUGCCAUGGCCGAGCUGCUCAUUGAUGCUGGGGCCGGUAUCCGCGACAGCUCGACGUGGACGGGGCAGCCGUUCUUCAUCGAGGUCGCCAGCAGUGCCAGCCUCGACAUCCUCAAGCUGUUCCUUGACCACGGCGCCGACCCCAACACGACGUCCAUCAACGGCCGCUCUGUCUUUAUCCAGGCGCUCCAGGCGGGAAGUCUCGACCACCUGCGCCUUUUGCGGCAGUAUGGCGGCAAUGUCAACGCGAGGGACAUUACGGGCCAGCCGGCUUUGCACCUCGCCCUCGCCCAGAACCGCCUCGACAUUGUCGACUUUUUGCUCCAGAACGGCGCCGAUGUCAACGCGAGCAACCUCACCGGCAACUCUCUGUUGCACGUUGCCGUCGGCAAGCGCAACCUCGCCCUGGCCAAGCUGCUGCUCGAGCGCGGCGCCAACCCCAAUGCCUCGGACUAUGUCGGCCGCUCCCUCCUGGGCAAGCUCGUCGAGGGCGCCAAGCUCACGGACACGUUCGAGUCGGAGCUCGCCACGGCCGUCCUCGCCAAGGGUGCUGACCCCAACCAGUACGACUCGUGGGGCGAGCGUCUGCUGUGUCACGUCCUCGAAAAGGGUAACACGUCGCUCCUGCGUGCCUUUCUCGAACGCGGCGCCGACCCGAACCACAUGUUCAGGAGGCAGGACACGCCACUGCUGUACGCCCUCUCGCAGGGCAUGCUCGGCAACGCACGUCUGUUGCUGAAGCACGGCGCCGACCCGAACAAGGCCAAUGCCGAGGGCAAGACGCCGCUCGUGGAGGCGCUGGUUAUGGGGGAGACGGAGCUCGUCAGAGAGCUGCUUGGGAAGGGGGCGGACAUCAACAAGGCUGGGGCUGCGAAGCCGGCGGCGCUGGUCGCCGUUCUCGCGGAUCCCGAGAUUGUGCAGAUGCUCGUGGCCAGGGGGGCCGUCGCGCCUGCGAAGGCCCCGGCCGGACCGCGACGGGCAGCUGGCGGCGGCAGCCCGUCAACGGCCGCGCCAUCUGCCGUGGCCGCGCCAGCUGCGGCCAGUGCAGGCAAUGCAGGCGGAGAGGAGGUGCUGCCGGCGUAUUCGCCCGAGCAGAGGUGA